UGUGACAUCACCGCAGUAUCAGCUUUCUCUGGAGGCUAGCAGUCCUGACAGCUGAGUUGCUUUUUCUCUGGGUCGGAGUUGUGCAGUGCUCACUGGGGAGCAGCUUUAGAGAGGAAAGGGCUGUACCUCACGUCUUGGUGUGUAUUUUGUUGUUUGUGUGUCAGGCUUUUGGUAAGGAAUGAAUUUCCCUGGAGACUGUCAUAAUGAACGAAAAGUAACCUGCAAACAUCCGGUAACGGGACAGCCAUCGCAGGACAACUGUAUUUUUGUUGUGAAUGAACAGACUGCUGCAGCAAUGACGUCUGAAGAAAAGAAGGAGAGACCUGUAAGCGUGAUAUGUGAAGCAACUAACUAUAAUCUGACAUCAGAUUAUGCUGCUCAUCCCAUGAGCCCUGUGGGCAGAACAUCACGAUCAUCAAAGAAGGUUCAUAAUUUUGGAAAGAGAUCAAACUCAAUAAAGAGAAAUCCUAAUGCACCAGUUGUCAGACGUGGCUGGCUCUACAAACAGGAUAGUACUGGAAUGAAGUUGUGGAAGAAGCGGUGGUUUGUGCUCUCAGAUCUGUGCCUCUUCUAUUACAGGGAUGAGAAAGAAGAAGGAAUACUAGGUAGUAUACUUCUACCUAGUUUUCAGAUAUCUGUGCUUUCUCCUGAGGACCAUAUUAACCGGAAAUAUGCCUUUAAAGUAAGAAAAUCAAUUUUUUGUUUUAUUUUAUGUCUGAAAACACAAUAACCUAGUGAUCAGAACUCAUUUUACUGAGUUGUUACGCAAAA